AUGCAACAAAAAGAAAGUGUACCACGGCAGCAAAAUUGGGUUAAAUUUGAUGAAUCUGGAGGCGAAAACCGUCAAGAUUCAAGGAAUAAUGCUAUUAUAGUUGGAAAUGGGAAAAUCCUAUGUGCGAUUUAUCCGAACAAUAUGCAAUGCGCAUGGUUGACUCCACCACAAUUCAAUCCAUAUAAAAUGCCAAAAGAAUUAAAUAAUAAGCAAUUUUCACUAACCCUUGACGAAUAUAUAGCAGCAAUGAAAAUGCUUACGAAUGAUUAUCGCUUCUGGUGUUACUGCAUGUUAUAUAAUAGAAUUGUGGCACUUUGGAUGAUAUUUGCGGUGAUAAUACUCAUUUCGACUCUUUUAAGUCAACCUGAUGGCGGUUACCCCAUAGUUGUCUUCACUUUUUUGUGGAUAAUAUUACUCUUAGUCGGAAUAUUUUGUUUGUUUAUGAUUAGAAAGCAUUUGAAUAUUGGUCUACGACACUGUGUGCAAUCGGCAAAUAAAUUACUCAUAAAGAAAAAUUUAUUAAUUGGCGUUGAAGAUCGAGGUCAACUUUCUUGUCACAAAGUUGUUGUAAGUUGUUUCAAGUUUUUUCCUUUAACAUAUUUUUCUGGUCAGAAAAAAGUUACAAUAAUGGCAAAUAUUGCGGAAGAAGAUAUAAAUAAAACAGCGAUUCAUCUUAUUUUAAAAUAUAGCCAAAUGUUUGUGAAGCGAUCAUCCAAGAAGCAAUUAAUGUUUCCAACUCGUCCGGCCGAAGGCGUUUCCACAUAUUCUCCAAAACAUUUUCAGGCGUCAUUUUGUAUAUGCCAAUACAUCAACUUAGUAAGUUUUCACAAUUUAUUUGCUCCACAGAAAACAUUUUCAUUUUCAUUUAUCAGAAAAUAUUUCCACCAGUGA